AUGGGGAAUACGGUCGGAACCAGCGCGCAUAUGGAUGGUCGGGAUUCUUCGGCCAGAGAUACUACACCUGCUCCUUUGGGGCAUGGGCAGAAGGACAAACGGCCGAAAGGAAGCCUCCAAAUCUGA